CCCGUUUCGAGAAAAACCACGUGCAAAGCGCAAAUUGAGGACUUUGGUCAGACGUCUUACUUGGAUUUAUACCUUCAUCGCCUCCCCGUUACAUUCAUGACCAAGGGGGACACCAACACGCCCAUGGCACACCAAUCCAAGAAGAAACGUACUGACGAAGAACCUCUUACUCAGGACGCAGGCCAGAAACCUAUCCAGCUCCAGCGCAGACGAGUGUGGAGAGCUUGCGAGAGCUGUAGGCGCAAGAAGAUCAAAUGUGAUGGCUGUGAACCUACCUGUUCCCAGUGUAGCAGUUCAGGCUCGCAGUGCACUUGGUUGCAGACCAAAGAUAGGGCCGCGCUGAGUCGGCACUAUGUCCAGGAGCUCGAAGCGCGUUUGCUUCACAUGGAAUCACUGUUCAAACAGGUCGCUCCAGUCCUCGAGCAAAUAGGGACGUCGACUGACGGCGCCGGUUCGUCCCCAUCUGAUACCACGACUCCCGCUCCAGUAUUAGACCCAUCUAAGACCGCGGCGGCGGCGGCCAUUUUACGUUCCAUAGCGCCUGUCCAACGGUCACCAGAGCCAGCUUCGCCCGUCAAGAUCGAGGACGAUGUCAGCGAUUCAUUCGGCCAGCUCGCACUUGACGAGUAUGGUCACAUGAGGUGGAUGGGAGGCUCGUCAUCGAUGUCAUUGAUCCAGUCAUUCCGCGCCUUGACAACAUCUCCACUUCAUCGGAUAUCGCCUGCGGAGGAGGAUCCUCAUGCGCCAGGCCCGAGCGUCAAUAAAUUAUAUUUUCCGGCCUCUGUUUUUUUCGGCAAAGUUCGUGCUCUUCCCGGGCCAGAAGAAGUAGAAUAUCCAGAACGGGAUUUGGCGGACAAGCUCGUCGAAGCAUAUUUUGCGCGUCUCCAUUUCCUCAUGCCCGUCAUUGAUAAGCCGUCCUUCUUACUUCAGUACACCAACGUCAUGAAUAACACUCAUGACCGUAAUCUGGCGCGCAGCCAAACCGCUUUUAUAUCUCUAAUCUUCGCAGUUUUUGCAUGUGCCGCUAACAUCGUGCAAGACCCCCGGCUGUCUACUAGUGAGCGGCAUGAUGAUGGUGGCAUGGGAAUGGUAUAUUACGAGCGAGCCCUUAUCCUCCAAUACAUUAGCCAUGCUAGCAUACAAGCCGCACACGUCCAGUGUUUCAUCCUUCUAUCUUCCUUUCUCUGUUCCGUCAACUGUCUUCCUCAAGCGUGGAUUCUUGUCGGCCAAGCCGUUCGAAUCGGCCAAGAUCUUGGACUUCACCGCUCUCCGCGUAGGCUCAUUCUCACGCCCAUAGAGAAAGAAACACGUCGAAAGAUCUGGUGGGGUGUCUAUACGUUGGACCGUAUGCUUGCCUUGGCUCUUGGUCGACCGCUGGGCAUCAGUGAUUCUGAUUGCGAUGUCGAGUACCCAUGCGAAGUGGAUGACGAUUAUCUCCCGGAGUAUUUUAAGGGGACCACCCUUAAUCAGCCGUUCUUGAUGACGGGUACAGUCGCCCUGACGAAGUUAUACGAGAUCACAGGCCGGGUUCUUCGGCAGGUUUACUCGUUGGAUAACUGUCGGGAGAAUUUAGAACCGGAGAGGAAGGCAGAACUUGAAACUACUGUGGAAUCUCUUCACGCAGAACUUACGCAGUGGUGUGACGAUCUGCCCACCAUGCUUAAGAGGGAUCCAAAGACCCCAGAGCAAUCUGCUAUGGCUGCAGUGCUAUGCAUCCAUUACUACUCUGUUCUUACGACCCUCCAUCGUAAUCUCCUGCCAGUCAACCGAGAGGAUCCUUCGACAGAGAAGUCAGCCUCUCAGGGUGUAUCGUCAGCUCGCUCGUGCAUACAGCUCUCACCGUCGAUCAGAAAUGUGGUGCCUCCUUCGCACCAUUUGGCAUUUUUCAUUCAGCACUUAUUUGGCUCUGCUGUCAUCGUUCUCUUGUAUGCCAUGCACUCGUCUGAAGCCAAAGCUUCAGCACAAGCUAUCGAAGAAGCCAAAACCGCCCUUGUUGCGAUCGAAUCCUGGGAAGGGACUUGGCCUGGCGCCCGCAAAUGCAAAGAGUUAUUAGCGGAGCUUAUCGCUACAGCCACCGACGCUGUGGCCAAAGGGACAAAUUCUGACUCUAACCCAUCCCCUCCGGCUGCGCCUCAUUCCUCUACUCCCCAGCGUCGACGAUCAGUGACAAUAGCCACUGUACCGCCCAAUACCAUUCCCGGAAGAAUGCUGAAGAGUAAAAAUACUUCUCGCCGAAAUCGAUCGAGGGAACAAAGCGGUGCUCGUCGACUGGCUGCUUCGCCUUAUCACGUUGACACUGCCCUCCGAGCAAGAUCUACGUCUCGUAAACGCGGACACGAUGAUCCCGAGGAUGGUUCAUAUUACCAGAGCUUCACGAGCCCUACGUUGGCCCCUAGCAAUAACAGCUCGCCCUCCUCCAUGGGCGUUCCAUCACCCGCUAUGUCCGCCACUGGACUUUUGCAGGACAAUAGCCCUACACUCGCUUCGACGUCUGUGUAUCCAUACCCCGGGACUUCGAACCAACCACCUGCAUCACCUCUUUAUGAUUUCGACUAUGGCCUCUCGCCCAAUUCCUUGGGUCAAGGGACAUCUCAGCAGUGGAAUAACUCCGACGGCACGAGUAGCCUUGACAUGUACUCACCCGAUGGUGCCAUGGCAUAUGAGAGUCCGUAUGGUGCUUAUUCUGCCGGCCUUGAUACCGUUUACUCUGGUUAUGAACCUUCAAAUGGUAUCGGAUCGAUGGGACUGUCCACGACACCGCCCACUGCAUCAUUCAAUGCUUCCGGACUUCCGUUCCGCGGCCUUGAGUUUAUUCGCAAUUUUAAUAAUUCAGGAGGAUAUAGUAUGGAUCAGGACUCACUAUGGCAGAGUUACGACCCCAUUGAUUUUGAUUAUGGUCCUGACUUACCGUUUACUUUAGGUGAUUCAGAUAUUCAGACAUCAUAGCGUUACUUUCUCUUGCCUUUAUGUUCCUUCGAUUUCGAUUAUCAUCCACCAUGAUGCUGUUAUAUUUGCUGACAUGACCGUACGAACAGUGAUGAGUGAUCCUGUCGUGUAUGAUUAGAGAUGUAUGUGAUUCCUCUGUAUCGAUAUCGUAUGAUUACUUCCUUCUACUAAGUCUGGUUACACUACCUUUCUCAUAUAAAUAUGUAUUUUUCUAACGAUUCUCUU